CGUCUUUGUGCGAUGCGUCUGCGGUGAGGCAAUCAGUUCAAUCGCUGCAGCCAUGCAGCUGGCAAUGCAGAGCGAGCGAACUAGUGCACAGGCACACUCAGCUUUCGAUUCUCUUGCCGCCACGUCCGGUUCUCUCUGACAUGAAUCUGUACAAGUCCAGCGCACAGGCAAUCACGCACUAGCCAUGCAGCGCCCCCACGCCAGCCACGCCAAUGAUGGGACCAUCCCCUCCAUUGUGGCAGCUCCCUCUGCAGCUCAUUCGUUCUACACAUCAGCUAUCGGUGGGCCGACCUGGCGGACAACGAUGCACCCAACACACACCACCGGCAGUGGAGAUACGCGCGCAUGCAAGGUGGCCAAACCGUACCUUGUCGUUGUCUUUUAGGUGUCAAGCGGCUUGAGAGUGAGUCGAUCCCACUGUUCCCCCCGGCCCCACUCGACGUCGAAGCGCCCGUCCAGCCCUUCGAUGGUGUCGCCGUGCGUCCGCUCCUCCACCAGCCGCUUGAAGGAAUGCUCUCCAGCUGGCCACAGCGCGAACUGAAGCCGCUUGAGGCCACGGAUCUUGAGCAGCGACUUGAUGCACGCAAUGCUGAACUCGCCAGCAGCGCCGCCAUCGCCGUCGCCCAAAUCCUGAGGUACUGCACUCAUACAGACAGACAGACAGCAUAUAAGCAGCCUCGGAAGCUGAUGCAGCCGAUUGCUUCCAGCUCACCUUUGACGGCAAUAACCAGCCGUUUGAUGGUCGGCAGCUGGUCCGCUAUGUCACCCCACGAGAGCCCCCCUUCCCCCACACCCGUCACCCGGCCGGCAUCGAAAUAGUCCAGGUCCCUCUCCCCGCCCACCGCCUGCACCACCCCCACCGCAUCUGCAUGAGUCGGGCAGGUCCCCCACAGAUCGAUGCUCUUCACGACGGGCAUCUUGGCCAGCAGCCUGCGGCUAAUCGCACACCCCUUGCUGCUGUGGCUCCGGAGGCGCGAUGCGGCGGGGAAUGCGUUGUGUGGCAUGCUCUCCAACACAACGGGGUCGAGCUCAGCGUCAGCGGCAGGCUCCAAGUCGUGCGGCGCCGUGACAGUCACUCCCUUGGCGUUGGGGAACGUCAGGCACUGUGCGAGGACGCUCGCAGCCGUGCUAGGCGCGUGGAGAGGGGCGGUGAGAUGGCGGGGACGGAUGGUGAAGUAGGCAACUUGUGAUGCGGCUGCCAGCUGCUGGAUCUGCUUCUGCACGAAGAAUGAGGGGGCGGGAAGGGUGGGGACGUCGCCCAGAAGGCCAAGGUCGAAACUGUCGAUGCCGGCCUUGAUGCCGACGGGGAUGUCGGGCCUCACGCACACGGCACGGGUGAAGGUCUCGAUGGCCAAGAGGGUCUCAAAGAUGCGGCUGUCGAUAAGAUGAAACUGCACCUUGACGCUGAGCUUCUUGAUGGAGCGACAGCCACGAUCAACAAGAACGGCCUGCACAGAGAUACACGCACAUACCAUGCAAGCUCUCGCCCACUCCUCUGUCUUGUGCAUCUCGAAUGCUUCGUCGCAUACCUGAAGGCGCGUUAAAUCCUCAGCGCUACCACUCAACAUUCUGAGGGUCCCAAUGUCUUCCAGCUGCGCCAAGGGGCCCGGCUGGCCAGCAGCUGCCACCGGGAUGAACCUCAGCGAGUCAGCCAUGACGUCAGUAUCGCACUCCACGUGCAGCUCCUUGAGGCUCCGCGACGUGCACACCAGCUCCCCCAACACCUUCGGCCACACCGUCCCGUCUGUCUGCACCCUCUCGAGAGACGGCAGCCGCCAAUGCCGCCCGCGGCCGAGGCAGGAGAGCUCGUCUCCGCCGGUGAGGGAUGUGAUGGAUGUGAGGGACAUGAGGGUGGGAGGCGGGUCGAGGGAAGGGGGAAGGGCCGCCGACUGCUGUCUGGCGGCUUUGAUGCCGCGAUACUCAUUCUC